AUGGAAGCAGGAAUUAAUUCACCUUGCAAAGUGUGCUCUGAACAAUGGCAGCUCCACAGGGACAAGUGCUACUGGCCAUCAGAAGAUAUUAAAACCUGGGAUGAGAGCAAACAUGACUGUUCAACAAGGGAUUCUCAACUGCUGGUCAUCCAAGACAAGGAGGAGCUGUAUUUCAUAAAAAACAUGACAAAACAUUCAAAAUACUGGAUUGGACUAUUAAAAUCGGAGAAGAAAUGGAUUUGGAUUAGAGGCUCCCAGCUUGAUCAGAGUCUUGUCUUUCCUUCCACAGAUACUUCCCCUUGCAAAGUGUGCCCUGUACAAUGGCAGCUCCACAGGGACAAGUGCUACUGGACAUCAGACUAUAUGAAAACCUGGGAUGAGAGCAAACAUGACUGUUCAACAAGGGAUUCUCAACUGCUGGUCAUCCAAGACAAGGAGGAGCUGGAUUUCAUAAAAAACAUUACAAAAGAAUCAAAUUACUGGAUUGGGCUCUCACUAUUAAAAUUGGAGAAGAAAUGGAUUUGGAUUACAGGCUCCCAGCUUGAUCAGAGUCUAUUUCCAGAACCAAACUAUGAUGAAAGAAACUCUUGCGCUGCAAUAAAAAAUAAAGCCACCUCUGAACGUUGCAGUACUGUAUUUAGGUGGAUUUGCCAGAAAGACCCUCUCCUACUCUGAUAUUUUAGUUUGAUAAAUGCAAUAAUUAUCUGGGUUUUUGUUAUUUGCCAGGAACACACAAUUAAAAUGCCAUUGAGUGACUGAGAAGAUUA